AUGAUGCAACAACAACCACUUUCUUUCUUUCGAGAGAUUUUGAAAUCCGAGAACACUAUACAAAAUAGUAGUAAUGGCAGUGACAAUAUUUCUGAUACGCCAUUGUUGACUUCAAGUGAGAUUUUCAAUGAAGAACCUGAGGAGAUCUGUCACUACACCAAAACAUCGCACCAAUUGAAAUAUAACGACAUUAGUGGGCUCAGUGUAAUCAAAAUACGCAUUGAUAAUAACAAUAGAACAUCACACCUGCAUCUGACAAAGAAAAAUAGAACAAGGAAAAAUAGGACAAAGAAGAAAGCUAAUGCAAAUGCUUGUCCAAACAGAAAUGAAAAGGGUCCGCCCACUAUUGGUGCAGAUUUGAAGAAGGGAUUCAACAGUAAUUAUACUAGACCGUCUCAAAUGGAAAUAUAUCUGCUCGAUGAUGUGCUCGGAAGUAUUCAGUACCUGGUUGCUAAUAAGCUUCUACUGAUGACUGACUUGAAGUUCAUCACUACACGACGACACCUAUCAAAGUUGAUGGGCAUUUUACUCGAUAACCAACCGGUAGCAUUCAAUGUUAUUUACUGGAAGGGUUUGAUCUUCUUUGUUUACGAUUGGAGAUUUAAAGAUGAAAUAAACGCAGAAAGUAGUCAUGGAGAUGAUCAAGAAAACGAUCAUCAAAAUAACCACCAAAAUAACCACCAAAAUAACCACCAAAAUAAUCACCAAAAUAAUCAUCAAAAUAACCACCAAAGCAAUCAUCAAAGUGUUAAUCACAGCCUUGUUGAAACAGAAGCACGAAGUGCUGACAAUAUUCGACGUCUAGAGUUGUUGCAGUAUUGCGGAUUUAAGUUCGAAGAAAUUAUAACCACUUCUCAAACUCUGACUACUUCAUCUGUAUUCUCAAAGUUCUACACAGUAGUAAAACACAAAGUCAACGGCAUUCCCGUGGUAUACACCGCAGAAGUUGACUGUGCUGUAGACAAUGUGCCAGGCCUAGCCAACUACGUUGAACUAAAGACACACUCAAUUCUACUGGAUGAUAAAGCAAAGACCAUUAACAAGUUUCUGCGUAAAUUGAUGGCUUUGUACUGUCAGAAUAAAUUCAUAUCAUGCAAAAAUUCUGUUAUUGGGUUUAGAUCUGCCGAUUGCAAAUUGGCUUCGAUGAAAACGUAUUCAGAGCGUGACUUGGUGAAUACGUUAAGAGCAUCACCGAUACCUUUUGGAAACGGUUAUUCAUUUAAUACAAAGCAUAUUUUCCAUUGGUAUAGACAUGUGUUACAUUGGUUAUCUACGAUGGAUGACGAUAAUGACAACAACAAAGAUAAUCCUCGGGUUUUUAAAUUAUGCUUUCAAAGAACAAGAGAGUUUGUGGACUCGAGUUUAGUUUUGAAACCUGUGCUGGAAAGCGAAUCCAGUACAAUUCUCAACACUUUUGUCCCAAAGUGGUUUCAAGAUUUUAUAAACACUACUCCGCUGUGA